UUUCACUACACGUUUGGACAUUACACGCAUUCCAACGCGUACAAAGAUGAGCUCUUUCUUCCAACUGAAAACACUGAAUUUCAUGAACAGGAUCUAGGAGACCUUACACUCUUGCUCCCUAUGAGGAAAAAAAUCUUGAAAGCAUCUUGUUUCCUCUUGAGUCUGUUAUCAAGUCUGAAUCUCUGCUGUGGAAAAUUUGGAACGCCAAUAACGGAUGAUGUGAGCAAGCUGUCAGUGUUGAAGCAGAAUAUCCCCUCUGAUUAUGAGAUACCUGUUAGUUACAUUCCCAAAGAAGUGGCUGGCACCUGCUGGGUGGUUUUAAACAUCUAUCCUUUGGAGCAAAGUCUUCGAAAAUUGGCCACCAUGUUUGGUGCCGUCUCCUCAAACAAAGACAACAUAAUGGUCUUCAUCUCCAUGCUAAAGAGUUUACGCUUCACUUUUGACCACGAGGAACUGGAAACAGCAAUGCAGGUCUUCCAUUGCCACUAUCAGGAAGGGAGCCUUCUCUCUGGUCUUUACUUCGACUACAUAAGAGACGUCUUACAUAACGCUGCUCAUGGAUCAUCGAGCUUCUCCUGCAAGCCACCACCAUGCCUUAAUCACCAGCAAAUGCCAGAAGGUCAGGGAGACACUCGCGGAUACGGCUGGUCAGCAAGAAUUUCUUUGGUUUUGGUGCUCAUCCCAUUCACGGCCUGUGUUGUUCUCAUAGUUUGGCAGAUAAAGUCUGGAAGGCGUCUACGGAUGUGCAACACCGUAAAUAGCGAAAUGGAAACUCCUGACAUGAUCCCAACUCUGUCUAUCUCCAUCCCACUUCAAACACUCUCCCACGCCGGUGACACUCAGCCAGCGGAGGAGGUGAUCGCUGAACAUGAAAGUGGAUGAAUCUUUAUUAAACAAGAGAAAAUUGGACCUCGAGAUAACGACUCCCUCUCCAGGUUGUUCUGCCACUGGCAGGGGCUUAAUGGAUAAAUGAGUGCAGUCUGACACUCCUGCUUUCACUCAUCCAAGUCCAUGCCCAACAGCUACUGGAUGAGAGAAAACUGAGCUUCUGCAGAGGAAAGCUUGUCACAAAAUUCCCUCGGCUCUUCAACGGAAGCAAGACCUCAGUAUUUAAUCGCUGAUUAUCUGCCAAAAUAGCUGGCCAAAUAAAUACAUUAUCUAAUCUUUCCUGGUGAGUAACAGCAUUUGGCUGGCUAAUUCUGAGAAGUUUGAAUCUGUCUUGCCACCCUGAUUUUACUGAGGGUGCUUUUGUGCUUCAGUUUGGAGCAGCGAUCGAAAAUAUCCCUGGAGCCUGUAAUCUCAGCGAUACCAUACCGUUGGGAGAACUUUUUCUUUUUUUUAACUGGGGCCGCGGUCAUCAACUUAUUGGCCGUGUCACGGUUGUUAUAGAAACAGUCCUUUCACUGUUGUACACACAACAGUCAACACACUGAAUUCCAACCUGCUCCUGAACUCCAACUUCUACUGAAAUGCAUUAGCAGUUCAUGCAUGGCACUGCAUUCCUACCAAUAUUGUUUGCUGUGAAACCACUGAAAGGAUUAAUGUCACUUCUCUUGUACUUGUUGACAUUGUUUUGAUCUGUGAUGUGUCACAAAUUGUGGGCCUGCUUGUCGCAAACAACACGUUGAGAAGUUCAACAAGUGUCCCACUUUGUGAAUCAAAGAUCUGACCAGAUGGCAGACAGCCAUUGCCCGAGGCACUUUGAAUCCAGUCAUUGUGUUUCAAAGCUGUUGCUCAGUGAUCUACUGCUGCUCCUCAACCCCUGUGAGUGUGUUACAGUUUUUAAUGCCUCAUUCACAGAGUCAGAACCAAUCACGUUCGGUCAUGUGAACAUGACUCCCCGAGAGUGAGCGUCCUUGUACUGUAUGUGUCAGAGACGGGGAGCAAGACACAGGGCAGACAGGACGAGGGAAAGUGAGGGAGAUAUGGACAGAUAGAAGGAUGGACGGAUGAGCUCAGUGACAAGCAUAAGGAGGGCUUGUUCUCGUCACAAAAGAAGAGGCCGUAGGCAGGAGGAAAUGCCAGUUACACACACAACUGAUGUCGAUAGAUCCUUAUGAAUCAACAAGCAAAGAAUCUCCCCAGACCGCAGGCUACGUAGAUUGUUCUGCAGAGGCUGGUUAGCAUUCUCAAUAACAGUUUUCUGGCUUCAAAGGAUUUAUUUCCCAAUCAAAGCAAUGAAAUAUGGAUGUACUUUUAUUAAAGUCCUUUCCUUUUUUCGAUGAAGUUUAAAAAUGAAACUGUUUAUUGUCUUGAUGGACAAGUUGUAUAACUUUCACUGGUUUAUUAUAUGAAACUGUGCAUUUGUAUGUGAGUUAUUUAAUUUAUUUUGUUACAAAAUGAACCUCUUACAGUUGACCUUCCACACAGACCAAUUAAUGUUUUGAAUGUACUGGGGCUAGACAAAACACACAAGAAAAUGUAUUAAGACAUUGAACGAUCUAAACUAAUCACAUCUCAGUAGCUGGUUUCAUUAAUGUUGUUACCUGUAACCGUAACAGAUUAGUCGGCCCUCAAUAUGAAUGUUCUUUGACUUUGAUUUUUCUUACUUGUCCCUGCAGAUAUCUGAAUGGCAUGUGUGAGAUUGAGUCUGCUGCAUUGUGGUCACUUUUACAUUUAACAUAUUUUAUUAAUUAUGUAACUCUUCCAUUGAAUAGAGUGGGACUAUGGGAUUCAGUGAACACCGUAUGCAAAAAAUUCACCUCUAUUCUCUUGUAAUGUUUCUUAGGAAUAAAAAUUACAUCAGUGACAUCAGUGACAGGAUAAACAAAGUUUUGGCGGUGUUGUGUGCAUACUCUGUUAUCAUCUGCCAACAAUGUAAACAUAUUUAAAGGCACGUAAGAUAU